GGGAAAGAGAGGGAGAGAAACAUCAAUGUGUUGAGAGAUGCAUUGAUCAGCUGCCUCUCUGGAGCCCCCACCUGGGGACCUGCCCCACAGCCCAGGCGUGUGCCCUGACCGGAAAUGGACCAGGUGACCUUUGGGAUUGCAGACAGGCGCUCCAUCCACAGAGCCACACCAGCCAGGGCAAGAACUGGCUACUGUGGAGGAGCAAACAAAAAGGAGGAGCACAGGAAAAGGAGGAGCCGUCUGUCUGUUGGUGGCCUGUGGAGUCCCCUACCACCAUCCAGGUCCUGAGAUGCAGUGACCCCUGCCUGUCUGCCACCAUUCCCCAGAAUGGACCGUGGCAGCCUCCUGCCCUUCCAGCUCUGGUGCCCCCGGCCCUUUGGCACCUACUCACAGAACCAGCCACGCCCGCCUUCCGCAGCCCUCAAGCCGACAGCCUGCCCUGAGCCAGGCGGCAGAGCCGAGCCAGACCACGGGCCUGCCCACUCAGAGAACACACCACCCGCCUUGGCCACGGAGGCCCCAGCCUCUCAGCCCACCCCGCUCCUCUCAGCCGCAGCUGCCGGCGAUGAGGGUCGAGUCCUGCUGGACACGUGGUACGUUAUCAAGCCUGGGAACACGAAGGAGAAGGUGGCCUUCUUCGUGGCCCACCAGUGCGGUGGCGGCAGCCGGGCCAGCUCCAUGAAGGUCAAGGGGCACUGGGGCAGUGACAGCUCCAAAGCCAAGAGGAGGAGGCGCUGUCUUGAGCCUACGAAAGCUCCACCGGACCCAGGGGGCCGGGAGGGGCCUGCUGCUGCUCAGGGGACCCCAGCUUCAGCUGGGGAGGAUGUGGACCUCCUCUCUGUGGCUGAGAUGGUGGCCCUGGUGGAACAGCGGGCCGCUCUCGCCCUGCAGAACUACCCACACCCCGGCACCCCAGCGCCUAUGGUCUUCGUGUCGGCAGAGCAGGGUGGGCCUGCCAAGGGCCUGGGGUCUGAACGGCGGCCUGGUGGCGGGGACUGCAGCCGUGUGGCUGAGGCAGUGGCCCACUUCGAGGCCCAACGGGACAACCCUCCGGCCAAGGGCCUUCGCAAGGAGGAGCGACCUGGGCCGGGCCCUGGGGAGGUACGAAUUGCCUUCCGUAUCUCCAACGGCCGAGAACCCCGGGCACCAGAUGGCAGCCUGCCCAAUGGGAGCACGGGCCGGCAGGGCUGUGCCUACCCGGGCAGCCCGGGCCCCGGGGCCCGAGCCAAGGACAAGAUCACCUGCGACCUGUACCAGCUCAUCAGUCCCUCUCGGGACGCCCUCCCCAGCAACGUGGAGUUCCUUCUGGCCAGGGCAGAUGAAGCCAGCGAAGGGGAGACCCCAGCCCCCGCCAGGCCUGAGGACACUCCCCCUGCUCCCCCUCCACCCCCUGCCCGGGACUGUGGAGCAUCGGGCUUCCACGUGGACGUGGUGGUGACAGGCGUGGUGGACGAGUGCAUCUUCUUCGGCAAGGACGGUACCAAGAAUGUGAAGGAGGAGACGGUGUGCCUCACAGUGAGCCCCGAGGAGCCUCCCCCGCCUGGCCAGCUCUUCUUCCUCCAGUCCCGGGGGCCGGACGGGCCUCCUGAACCACCCCCAGCUGACUCCCCGGCUACGGCACCGGGCCCGGACGACGCUGAGGGCACCGCGGACACCUCCCUGUGCCGCCUGUACCGGCACGUGUCACACGACUUCCUCGAGAUCCGCUUCAAGAUCCAGAGGCUGCUGGAGCCGAGACAGUACAUGCUGCUGCUGCCUGAGCACGUGCUAGUCAAGAUCUUCAGCUUCCUGCCCACCCGGGCCCUGGCGGCCCUCAAGUGCACCUGCCACCACUUCAAGGGCAUCAUCGAGGCGUUUGGCGUACGGGCCAUAGACUCGCGCUGGAGCCGAGACCCCCUCUACCGCGAUGACCCUUGCAAGCAGUGCCGCAAGAGAUACGAGAAGGGCGAUGUGUCGCUCUGCCGCUGGCACCCGAAGCCCUACCACCACGACCUGCCUUACGGACGCUCCUACUGGAUGUGCUGCCGCCGGGCCGACCGCGAGACACCCGGCUGCCGCCUGGGUCUGCACGAUAACAACUGGGUGCUGCCCUGCAAUGGGCCCGGCGGGGGCGGGGGCCGCGCUGGCCGGGAGGAGGGCAGGUGAAGCUGGGCACAGGGGGAGAGCCCGCCAUGCCUGCCCCCUCCCCGGGGGAGCUGAGAGCCAGGACUGGGUCACCAGCCCGUACCCCCAGUCUGGGCAGCGUUGCCCCCCUCCAGGACUGACCCCAGGUACAGAGGGUGCCCUGAGAAAGCACUCUGAUCGACCCCUAUUGGUUUUCUACUCUUCAGACACAGGGCUGGGGCCCUUGAGGAGGGUGUUUUUUUUUAUCAGCAUCUCAAGUUUUUCUGCAUUCAGCCCUAGCACCCUUCCUGCCACUCUCUACACCCCAGGGACCCACCAGCAGGGAGCAGACGGCAGCUAAUUUUGGUACUACUUAAGGGUUCCCCCAUCCCAGCCCCCUCCCGCGCCCUUCCCCCGUUCGCUGUCUCUGGAGUUGUUUUUUCUCGCAAGAGGCUGCAGUGCCCAAGGCUGGCACCUCUCCCCAGCUACCGUGUGGAGGCUUCCCCUCUUCAGAAAUGAGGGGGCGGGGAGCAUCUGAUCACAGAUCGGACUGGGCAUGUUUCUUGGCAGCCUGCCAUUUCUAGAUGUCUUCCCCAUCAAAAAAUAAAAAUCACUGUUUUCUCUUUAAGUUACCAGUCUCUCCACUUCCCCCAAAGGGGAAGAGAAAAAAAGAUGAACUAUAAAAAUUUCUCCCCUCCCAUUAUUUAAGCUACUGCCAUCACCCCCCCC